ACGGGUUGCUCAUCCCAUAAGUGAAGUGGUGAUUAGGAUUAAAGGAGAGGCAAUUUCAAGAGGAUAACAGAAAUCUUCAUUAGCCAUCCCAGGCCCAUUACUUCAAUCUGUGAUUCGAUUAUGGAUCAGAUAACCGAUUUCGUCAACAAUCAUCUCAACGGAUCAAUCCAAAGCAACUCCAACCAAAAGCUAAUCAUCAACACAGCAUUCGCGGAACCCACUGAUUUCUACAUUUCUGGUCUUGAUGACGACAUCGGAGGCGCCUUCCUUCUCGGCAACCCAUUGAGAUCUCAGCGUCACUACACCAUGGAAUGUGGUUCUUGCAAUGGGUUGUUUCUCUUGGGAAUGGUUGUUAAUUACAAAGUCAUCGAUUUUGCCAUAUGGAACCCAUUCACUAGGAGGUUUAAGAAAUUGCUGCCUUGUCCAGUGCUAACACUUCCUGGGUACCAAAAUUUGUUGGGUUCUGGUUUAGGCUAUGAUUCUGCUCUUGAUGACUAUCAGAUUGUGAUGACUUCGAAGUUUAGUAACCCCAACAGUGUUUCUUUUCAAGUCUGGGUUUUUAGCUUGAAAUCAAAUUCCUGGAGACGUAGUCAAUAUGUGGAAGAUGCACUUACGAAAUGUGUGGGGCUUUUUGCAAAUGGAGGUACCCUCUGUACUCCUGUGAUACAUCCCGAGCAUAAAACUGUAGAGUAUUACUUGCUUGUUAGUGAUAAGGGCGGAGAAGUUGCAUCGGGUAAUUGGAGGAAAGCAUUCACAGUGGGGGAAGAGGAGAUCAGUAGGUGUGGCGGUUGCUAUAGUAUUUACCCUCCUUUGCCUUUUGCUUAUUCCAAAGUUGGGGAUGGCAUUCUGCUUAUAAAAGACAAUGGGCUUUCUUGGUAUAACCUUGAAAAGAAAACUAGUGGAAGGGUGGAGAUUCCUGGGAUACCUAAGGGGGUUGUCAUUGGAAAACACCAUGUUUGCUGUGAAAGUCUUGUUUCUCUCGGCAACGAUAGUGCAUUUGAUGGGGCAGCAGAGGAAGUCAUGGUAGAUGAUAUAUUCCCUUUUUAGAAGGUCAAAGUUUUCAGAGUGAAGUAUCUGUUGUAAAUAAGUAAAGAAACGGUUAUGUUUUUGGUUAGCAAAGAUGACAGUAUUUCAAUGAAAUUUCAUUUCAAUC